UGGAAAUUGUUUUAAUUUGACCAUAUUUGAACAGAAUGGAUGCCAUCCUUGUUCAAACAACAACAACAACAACGAAACGCUAAACAGUCCAAAUAAUGACAUCGGGCUCUUGCACUUGCUGCUUUCUUAUGCUAUAUAAAAAAGCAUCUUCUCCGCUCUCUCCCCCCACCCCUUUAUUUCUUGAAGGCCGUGCUCUCUCGCUUCCCAUCUUUUCGUCUUGUUUCUUCCUGCCCCGUAAAGACACGCACUCUACUUCUCUCCAAGAUCGCAAUGAAUCCUGGCCCUCAGUCUUCUUCUGCCAUGUCCAUUUCUGCUAUAACCACCGCUCCCAUCUUCCCACCCUCGCCCCCGCCAUCAGCCUCAUCGGUGUCACAUCAAUCGUAUUAUCCUCCCCAGCAUCAUCGACAAGAGCAUCCACUAAAACAACAACAACAACAGCAACCGCACGAACAAAAGCAUCAUCAUCUUCAUCAUCAACAACAGCUGGGCUCACCGCCUACAUCGCCUGAAGACAUGUCGCCACCAACAUCCCCACAAUUCUCGCACGAACUUCACGGCAUGGCGCCUCUUACACUGCAAGAACGUCGGAUGCGUAACAAGGCCGCGUCGGCAAAGUACAGACAGAAAAAGAACCAACAGCAAAACGAGAUGCGACAGAUGAUCUGUCGGUUAUCGGAGCACAAUGCAGUGUUAGAACGACAGUUGCAAGAGCUGCGGAUGGACAACGAGCGCUUACGCUCCUCGGCCGACAGGCUACGCGGUAAAAUGGUUGCCAAAAAGAUGCUGCGUCAGUGGAUCGGGCGCCAUCAGCAUCAACAACAGCGCAAAGAACAGCCACCGUCCACCUCUUCCUCACCUUCAAGCACCUCCUCCUCCGCCUUCCAGGCCGUCUCCAAAAAGCAGCACCACUACCAUCCCUACGCUGCUACUGCUGCUGCUGCUGCUGCUGCUGAAGAGGACGAUGGUCUGGAGCUGGACUUUGACGAAGACGAUGUUUGCUUGGAUGAUUAAGUAUCAUCAUUCAUUAUUACCCACUAUGCACACACACACACACACUCU